CACGCACCUACGCACGCACAACGACGAGGGCAAAAUCGGUAGCAAGGCGGCCGUUGGAGUCUCAUCUCUGCUUCCAUCGACUGGCCCAAGGGUCCAUCCACACCACCUACUACGCUACCAAGCAAGCCCGCUCUCGACAACGCUUCUUCCUCUUCUCCACUCUCACAUCGCUCCAUCAGCGGAUCCUUCAUACCUCUUUACUCUCGCCAACAAUGGCACCGGCCACAACGAAGCGCAAGGCCUCUUCGCCCGAGUCGUCCGGCGACGAAGACGAAGACCAAAUCUCACCAGUGGCCGCCGAGUCUUCCUCUGCCGCGGCUUCUCGCCCACUCACCAAGACGAGAGCGGGCUCCGAGCUCGUACCCAGCAGCAAGCCGGGCGAGCCGCCAGUCACCAAGCGUACGCUCCAGAACAGAAAGGCUCAAAGGGAGUUCAGGAAGCGCCGCGAGGCAAGAGUGAAAGAGCUCGAGGAACGAUGUCGUCGGUUCGACCAGAUGGGCCUCGAAGCCAAUGCAGAGCUCCAGGCCAUGGCCCGCCAGCUCAAGGAUGAGAACGAAGCCCUCCGCUCCCUCCUUGUCCGAUUGGGCUACGGCGCGCUCAUCGACCAGGCUCUCAACGGCGACUUUGCUGCCGCAGCCGCAGCGGCUGAUGCGAGUGGAGCAGCAAACGCAGGAGGAGGAGGACUCUCUUCUCACCAUCACAGCAGGAGCUCCAGCGCAAGAGGGAGCAACAGUAGCGGUGCUGGCAAUGACGACACCAAACCGACUACGGCUUCGUUGCAGAGCUUCCCGCCUGCUCCGCCUGGAUCGGUCAAUCCAAACUUACUCGACCCCACGUCAGGGCUAGGCGGUGGCUAUCCUCACCACCACCAGCAGCAGCAUCAGCAGCAGCAACAUCAGCAAGGCAACGCAGCCAUGAACGUACGCUGGUCGCCACAACAGCCUCAGCAGCAGCAUAGUCAGUCGCAGGACUGGUCUUCGAUGCAACCCCAAUCAACACAGCAGCGUCGUGGCAGUGACGGGCGAGACCAGAAUCCUCUCCUUUCUCUGGACCUCAGUGGUGGCGCAGUCGACAACAACGGGCAAGACGGUCAGCGACACCCCGGUGGCGGUCGAGGUCCGAGCCGUACGCCCGGUGGUAGCGUUGCGCGUGGCGGCAGGAAUGAGGACUACGCCAUGACGCCCGGCACAUUCAGCUCGCUCAUGGGCAUGCUUGUCGGUGGCAACAACCAGCAGGGACAGCAGCAGCACGCCAACAGCCCGCACGGAGGAGGGUCCGCCUUCAUCCGCACGCCAACCGGCAUGCAGCAACACCCUCACCAGCAGCACCUUGGUCAGCAAGGGCAGCAGCCUGUCCACCCUACGCAUCACAACCAUGUCCCUUUCGCUCAUCGCCCGCACCACAACGAUGCGCUCCUCAACCCGAAUCCGAUUCCCUUUGCUCUCAAUCUCAGCAACGAGCCCGUUCCGGACCAAUCCUGGUGGGACCGCAACGGUGGCGGGACGUUCGGCGGGGACUCGUUCCUCGACGAAAAGGCACAGGCUGUCGCGCAGGCUCAGGCCUCCUCUUCUCAGGGGGCAAUGAGUCCGUUCGACCUGUCCAGCUUCCUCAACGCAGGGGCAUACGGAGGCGGCAAUGGCGCUGGGAUGAACAUGGGCUCUCUGGGCAUGGGGACGGGCAUGCCUACAGGGUACACGCCUGCUCUAGCGGGAAACAAUGAUGACCCAUUGAGCCAGGCAGGCGCCGACCUCAAGAUGCGGGACGAAAGCGCUGCAGCCAGCAGCAGUGGUAAGAGUGGGAAAGGCAACGGAAAAGCUUCUACUGGGGGGUCCGACAAUCCCGCGAACAACGCCGAUGGGGCUCAGCAGCAGCCACCCCUUAACCCAGCAGAGCAUGUUCAGACCUUCCUUCGCCUCCUGGAGCGACAAGCAAUUCGCGCAACCACUGCUCGAGCGAAUGCUGGACGCGGCUCUAUGAGCGGCAAAGCUGCCAAUAAGUCCACCCCUUGGAUGGACAUGGGCAGCGAUGCUGCUUCCUCUGCCUCCAGCUCCGGCAAUGACUCGCCCGAGGACGGCGGUACCACCCCUACGGGCAGUGACCGUCGCUCUUCCACCAAUUCAUCGCGUGAGAUGAUUACCCCCAACGCGGCCUACUCCCGUCUCGCCUCGCACCCUGCUUUCCUCUACACCUCAGUUGCGGAGCUCGAGGCUCUCGUGGGCACGAUCAAUGAUGCGAGCAUUGCAACUGUGCAGGCGCAGGGGAGCGGGAGUGGUGCGCCGCUCGAGCUGAAUGCGAAUGCGUUGCAGAGGAUGAGAGCCAUGUUGGACGAGAAGAUGAAGAGGGGAGGGCGUGGAGCAAUGUGGCCUUUUGAGCCCUUGAAAGAUGGAGGUGUGCCCAAGGCAGGAGAGGAGGGAGGGGAGCAGCAGCAGCACAGUGGAAUGGCCGCGGCCAUCUAGGCUCGAACGCAGCGAUAUCACAACUCUCGACUCGAUCCUUGUCUAACGUCAUCCAGUAUCUCGGCUUCAACAUGUAUCAAUAGGGAUCCUCAGGCGCCCAUUGGCGCAUUCAGUGUUCCAAAUGGCCAAGCACACAAUCUCGGGGCAGGGCCAUCGUCGUUUUUUUGUUUUCUCAGUACAUAGUCUCACCUCGCUCCGUCUAUUUCAGUAGGUACGUGGCUAUUCUUUUCGUCUUUGCUCAACUCAAAAACAAUAUAAGCAUAUACGCAUACAUC